CGUUGCCAUGGACACUUCCAGGUGCUUAAAGUUGGUGUUGCCCUUUCUGGAUGCAGUUGAGCUGCUAAGAGCAGCAGCUUGUCGGAAAGACAUUCAGAGCUUGACUCAGCAACCAGAACUUUGGGAAGCUUUGUGUCGAAGCUACACUGCAGACUGCUGGGAAACGCAGCGUGGAGAUCAAGUCGAAGCGCCUGAACGAGAAGCUGAUGAGAGUGGAAGACAGUACUUUGAGAGGUUGUAUGAAAGAUACAUAUAUUUCAGAGACAAGGAUGUGAUCUGUUGCGACAAAUGUCGCGAUUGGACCUCCAUCGAGGAUGAUGCCUUGGAGUGUGAGGACUGCUGCGGGAAGUGGUGCCAGAACUGUGCUGAACCUGCGCCCUCCAAGUUUUUUGUUCCUUGUAGCGAAUGUCCGGAUUUUUCCAAGUCUCAUUGCCAUGAAUGCUUCGCAGAAGGAAAGACCAUGCACUGUGAGUGCUCGGGUACUGAUUCGUGGCAUUCCUGCUGUGGUCGGCACGGCUACAAUUGCGAAAAGUGUGAUGCCACCUUGUGCGAAGGCUGUGGGCCUCAUCAUGACUGUCCAAACCAGAAUGAUGAGGACGAGGAUGAGGACGGUGAUGAAAGUGAUGACUAGUGAUCUUGAACACCCUUCGAUCAUGUGAAUCCGGAGCUUCAGCGGCUUGAAUGAAGCCAACCUUCCUGAGUGAACCAUCCCCUUUGGGGAUUUGUGGCCAUGGAACUGUGGCAGGAAAUUGUUUGGACAGCUGUUGCUCCAUGUUACGAUAUUGCCCGUGUUAGGAUGUCUUGUGUAGAACUCAUCGCAACGAGGGUUGUCGAUGAUUGCGGCCCAUGAUGAAAUCACCGGGCUUUGCCUCAUGGAUUUUUGCACCGAAAAAAGAAGGCCUGGUGUCGACUAG